UUUUUAAAUAUUGUCAGUUUCAGUUUUAGUUCAAAAGAAUAUGGCCGUGCUCGGGCCGUGUGUAAGUGUAAAUAUGAAUGGGCACAAUAAUAUUCAUAGCCAGUUAACAAAAUCGUUAGAAAGAAUUCUAGAAGAUGCAUACUUAUGUGGUGAAUUAAAACUUAGUGGACGGAAGUUAAAGGAGUUUCCUAAACCAGUGAAGUUUGAUUUGAGUGAUACAGUUCUUGCUGACCUGUCAAAGAACCAGUUGUCGGAGCUGCCGGACGAGGUGACGGGCUACAUGUUCCUGGAGAAGCUGCUGCUCGCGCAGAACCUCCUCCGCAGCGUGCCCGAGGCCGUCGGCGGCCUGCAGUCGCUCACCUAUCUAGACCUCAGCUACAACCAGCUAACAGAGCUGCCGCGUGAGAUAUGCCAGAUGCCGCUGCAAGUCCUCCUGCUCCCGCACAACCAGCUGACGAGCCUGCCGAAGGAGCUGGGCCGCAUGGGCUCGCUGGCCGAGCUGGACGCGUCCAACAACCGCCUGCUGCAGGUGCCCAUGACGCUCGGCGACUGCGCCUCCUUGAGGGCGCUCGACCUCAGCUACAACCAGCUCGGACUGUUGCCGCUACAGAUCACGUACCUCCGGCUGGAGUACCUGGACAUCAGCUGCAACUGCAUCUCGUCCCUCCCUCAUGAGCUGCGCAACAUGAGCACGCUGGUCACACUGCGGCUAGAGAACAACCCCCUCGUCUCACCCCCCACCACUGUGUGCCUAAAAGGGCGCGUGCACAUAUUCCGGUACCUGGAGAACCUGGCCAACAAGGACAGCCAGCCGCGGCGCGCGGACGACGCCCGGCGCGCCACCAAGCACAACUCCUUCCUACACAACACUGCGCAGGGGAAUACACAGAUCACGUCCGGCAACGCGACCAUAGACUGUCUGCGGCACCGGCAGCGGCACGCCGUGGAUAGUGGUUAUAGCACUGAUGGGCCGGAUAAGAGGUGGUCGAAUGAUGGAGCAGGCGAGGCGGGCGGCGGGUCGGGGCGCUCCACGCCCAGCACGCCGUCCACGCUGUCGCCCGGCGCCGCGCUGUCCCGCGCGCACUCGCUCUCCGGCGACACCCCGCUCGCGCCACCGUCCCACCGUAUAUCACCCGAAGGAAUUAUGUCGAAUGGCGAUGAAAAGAGUAAAUUAAACCAUCAGCAAACCUACAGACAAUACAAAGAAGCCCUAAGACAGCAGCGCCAGCAGGACGUGUACCGGCCGCGCCCCGACCAGCCCUCGCCCGAGCUGGACCCGUCGCCGCGCGGCUCGCCCGUGCAUCUCCACACGUCGCAGUCUUCCCCGCACUCGCCCGUCAACGGAUACACCCACACCUCCCCCAGCCUCUACAGCAGAACAGUGUCCUCCAAUAGCAGUAUUAACUCGUCUCCCAACGCGUCGCAAGUGCCAAACUCCCCCCUCCUCCACUCCACGCCGCGGCGGACCCAGUCGCAAAACGGAAACAUAGACGACAUGCAUAACAAGAGACCCGUGCAAAAGGUCGUGCCUUCAAGAAGCGUUAAGUACUCUAGUCCGAAUGGUAAUGGCGAUUACGCAGGUCUGAAUGGACAAGCCAAUUCCGAUCCAAUUUAUAUAAAGCCGACGUCGCCGACUAAAUCGCCAACGAAUACGCUGACGUACAAUGGCAUGGGAGGAAAGCAGAAUGGGGAUAGUGCUAAGUUGACGACGACUGUGUCGUAUAUGAAAGGAGGUCCGAAGCCCAAGAUGAGCUGGAAUAAAGAUGUGGCGGCGGACAAGCUCAGCUUCACAAUGAAGAGGGAGUUCGAUAAACAGAAGGAAGAGGAUGAUUUGCUGCAGCAGUUACGAACGAUAAUCGAGACGCGCCUGAAGAUGCAGCUGCCCGAGUGCCUCGCGCCGGUGCUGGCGGACGGCGUGGUGCUGUGCCACCUCGCCAACCACGUGCGGCCGCGCGCCGUCGCCUCCGUGCACGUGCCCUCGCCCGCGCAGGUAAAUCCACACCAUCCUAAACUGACAAUGGCGAGGUGCAGACGCAACGUGGACAACUUCCUAGAAGCUUGCAGAAGGAUUGGCGUCGAAGAGGAAGUGAUCUGCUGUCCCGAAGACAUUCUGGAUGCGGAGACGCUAGAGCGGGACGGCAAUAUCGCCCGCCUCGCUCGCACCGUAUACGCUCUUCUCGCACACGCCACGCCCUCGCAUCGCCCGCCAAAGGAUGUCAACCAAUCAGAAGCGACCAUCCAGCACAUCGACCAAUCAUACGAUUCGUACUCGUCACGCGACCAAUCACAUUCGGAUUACGGCUCUCGCGAACAAACGCACUCGUCCGAACAAUCAUACACGGGUGAUUAUUACGAGAAUUCGUACCAAGUGAACUACCAAAGCAAUUCGAACAGAUACACUGAAGACAGAUACAUAAGCAACUUCAAUUUCACCAACGAUUACUCGCAAAGUUACACUUUCGAUGAGACAGAGGAAUACCAAAUGAACUACGAGAACAACAACUCGGAGUCGGCACAAGACGUCCAUUACUCGCCGGUUUAUAGCAACACUGCAACACUGCGGAAAAGGGGCCCUUAUUAUCAGAAGAAUAAAGUGCAAUUUGUCAUGCCGUUUUGUAAGACCGAUGGAAUACUGAGAGGAGAGGAUAUAGAGAUCCACGACACAGAUGAAGUGGACUUUCCAGUUGACAUGCGGCCAGCAGAAGAGGAGGCUGCGCGCUAUGACCGAGGGAAAAUGAAUUUAGAUAUACAGAAUAAUUUAAAUACAGAACUGAACAAGGUAACCGACACAACCGUGUCUCAGGAGGACAGACUGCGCAUCACUUGCCUUUGCCUAGGGACCUUUUUUAUCUCCGCCUUAAUUCUCUACUUUUACCCUUUGUAAAUAUGAUUUUGCUAACAUAUUAAUAUUAUUAUAUGGCUUAACUAUUGUGAGCCUGUCGUGCCUUUAAUAAGGACAUCAUUUAAAAUUUAUUGAUAACCAUAUUGUGAUUAGGUUUUCCUGAUUAAACAGGGAUUUUGUUUGAAAGUACAAGCAAUUUAUAAUAAGUUUACGUUGAGUAUGAAAGCGGAUGUUUUUUUAUAAACAGCUGCUCGCUAUGAAAAUGUAUUAUCUAUUUUUUUUGAUGAGAUGAUUUUGUUGAUUCCUAAUGUAUUAAUUUUUAAGUCUGAAAUGUCCAAGUUCAUUCCAAUUGGGUAGCAUUUAUUUUUGUCAUUAGAACUUACUAAGUUUUUUUUUUCAUUUAUGAUUUUUAUAAAGUUUUUUUUCUUACUUUACGGUUUUGUUUGUAGACUUUUCAUAGAUCUCAGUAUUAUGACUAAAAUUAUACUUAAUUGGCGGGUGUUUGGAUGAAUAAAUGUAUUCGAGUUAAUUCUUAUUAAGAAUGUAAUGGAUAGUAUGGUUUCUAAAUAAGAUUGCGUAGUAAUGUACGUACUACUACCUAUUGGUGCAAUGAAAUAAAAUAUAACUAUAUGAAUGCCUUGUGUUCGAAUGAUAUUGGUAUAUCUAACAUCGGUAUUUUGGAUUUAAUCAGUACUUGUUUCGAAUAAAACAUAAAUAAUAUAUAACUAUGUAAUUUAAUCCAAUGGGUAAAUCGGGAUUUAUAUGAGAAGAAGAGUAAGUUCGGCCCAAACGACUAUUCGAUUAUAACUCGCAACAUUCUCGGACAUCGAUCGCCAAUCAGACUAUGCUCUAUAUGUAUACGAGUGGGCUUGGAUCGAACAUACUCUCAUCAUGUAAACCCCGCUCGAGGUAAGAAGUAGAAUAAAACUAAUCUUACAUAACAUCGAAUAAAAGAAAGAUCUUAUGUUAUACAUUCUAAAAUUAUUUCAGCUUAUAUUUUAUACAUUCGAUUUAACUUAGAACGUAACAAGUACAAUUCCAAAUAUUCUAAAACGAUGUAAGUACAUUAGAGAGGUCAUAGGUUACUUUUAACAUUCGAACCUAACAUAAUCUAUUGUUAGCUAAGCUAUAACGUAUUGUUUAUUGGUCUUAUUAUAUUCUUAUUAAAUAAGAACAUCAUGCCUUAUUCGAAACAGCAUAUCGUUUGUAAAAAAUAUGCUAAAUGUUUAUCUUAAAUUAGUUUAAUCCUAGUGAUAUAUAUCGAGACUGUAUUUCGAGGCUUUUAAAGUAUACAAACUUUUCGGCUAUGACAUAAUGAAAAAGACAAUUCUUAUUUACAAAAUGUAUUCACCAUUCCCAGUGAAAGCUUUUCCAUCAUUGGUCUUUUAUUAUAUUAUGUUUCGCAGUAUAGUACAGAACGGCCAAAAUAUGAAUAACAUGCUACUUUACAAUAUCACUAUAAAUAACAUAGAAUAAAGUGUUGCCAACAAAACAUGUAAUGUAGAAAUGAACUAUUUACUAAAUAUUUUUCUUUUUUAUAUGCAUUUAUCAAGUAGGUAACAAAACAAUAACUAUGUGUUAAAGAAUUCCAAAGAUAACAUUUAACAAGACUGCUUUAUAGUGUGCUUUUCAGUUUUUUUUGUUUACAUAAGUAUUACAAAAUUUUACUCACUUUUGUAUAAAUUUAUAUCUUUUAGCGGCGUGCUGCGGCUUGUUGUUUUCCGAAUCAUAGAAGUAAAUGAGUUACUUUUUCAUUCCUAAUAUCUGGGAGCAGUGUGCUAUAUUAACAUUUGGACAUGAUGAUUUUUUUUCUAUUUUUUUUUGCAUAUUACAUACGCUGAUGGAAAUACAAAUUUAUUUUGAGCUUUAAACUUACGAGUACAAUUAUCAGUAUAGGCAUAGAGUUUAGAGUAUUAAUAUAUGGUUUAAACGGUUGCAUAGUAAUAUAUUUAUAAGCUUUUGGUGCUUGGGUACUAUUUCUUUAUAGCUAUAUCUUGUAUGACAUCAAAUAAAAUACAUAUAGAUACUAUCCAGUAUACCGUAGGCAGGUGUGCAAUAGUGUGCAUUGCUGCACUAAUUUUAAAGCAUCAGUGAUUUGAAAACCAGUACAAAUAAUCAUAUGUAGACGUGUUAGUCAUGACAUGAUGUCAUACAUUUCGUACUUUAUACAUUAUACUGUAAUUUUAUUUUUUGUAUGUUUGUUGAACCUUCAGUAUUACAAUUUCCUUUGAUGUACUGGCAGCUUUUUUAUAUAGGUACUGUAUAAAUUAACUAAUAAUAAUGUUAAUGCACUUUUUCUGUAUAAGCUCUGUCCACCGAACAAGUAUUCCUUUCUCCUUAUAUUCAUGCGUUUUUGAUGUUGGUAUUUUGAAUUUUUAUAAUAAUUAAAAUGAUCUAAGUUUUGUUCAAGUGCUGUUUUUGUGUACUUAACUAUGUUUUUCUAUUAUAAAGCGAAUAAAAUUCUAUACGGUA